CCAAAACAACAACAACAAGAAAUCUGUCAGAUAUUUUUUUUUCAAUAGAUCUACUGUAGUGAUGAAACUUCUAUAAUCACAUGAUGGGAGAUAUAACAAACAAAAAGUCUUUGCUUUGCGAGCUGAACAAAAACCCUUUAGAAGUUUUCAAAUCGAAGGCAGAUGAACUGACAGAAAUAGCAAGUCAUAUGCCAGAUAUGUACCGACCAGAUGCUAAACGUUACUUUCAUCAAAAUUGUGACGGUUUAAUAGAACUUCUUGGAUUAGAAAGAGAUUUUGAAAAUGUAUCUACAGAAAGCAGCCUUGAUACAGAUACAGGUGGGGCUAUAAUUGAAAUAACUGAUAGAACAGUAUUACCUGAAGUUAGCGAGACAAGUAUUUUCAAGGUAGAUGCUCAAACUGAUACACACACCAAUGGUUCAGAUGUCAAUGAAGACAAAAAUAUAAUUUGUAUUGAUGAACUUAAAACAUGUAGUAAUCCUGAGUUGAGUGAUGUGCCGAGAAUGGCUGAAGCAAAAAAGAUUGACAAGGAUACAUGUACCUUUGACCCUGCAAGAAAUGUUAAUAUGAUAUCUCCUGAAAAUAAGAAGAAAAGAACACUUUAUCAUGACGACCAUUUGGAAAUAUUCUGUGAGUCAACUCAAGUGACAGAAAGAGAAAUGAAAAGUAAUGAUGAAAAAAGAAUAGAAAUUAAAUCGAAAUCGAAAUCCUUUGAUGAAGGAACUAAUGAGAGCUUUAACGCUGCAAUAGUAAAUAGAAAUAUAGAUAAUCUGUCUGGAGACAUUGUAGAUAAUACAGAGAAAAUGGAAACAGUACCUGAUACCAAAUGUGAAGUAACAGAGUUGAUCAAUUGCAUUCCAAAACUUGCACAGUAUAUGGACAUAGACCCUAAAAAUGUGACACUACUUAAAGAUGAUGACCAAGGUGAGGAUGAUGACAAAUGUAUUCACAUGUCUGUUGAGUUAUCGGAUGGGACAGUACAGAAAUUUAAAAUAGCGGGGUAUAUUCCAGGAAUGCUUGGCCAUGCUGCUAGUGUUACAUCAGAAAGUGCUGAAACAGGAAUAAAUAACGCGGGACUUGAUAAGAAGAAAACACCUGAAAAUGUGGUCACGAGAGAUGGUACGGGAAGAGAUCGUUCAAUAUUGGGUAGAAGAUUACGUACAAGGCCGCAUAAAGCUCCCGUCAUCCGUAGAGGGCCAGGUCGGCCAAAAAAUGAAAAUAUCCCUGCACCAGAGAAGAAUGAGAAUGGGGAGAUGUUUUAUAGAUGUGAGGAAUGUAAAGCUAAAGUGAAGACUUAUAAUGCUCUCAUAGUCCACAUGAGAACUCACACAGGUUCUCGGCCAUUCCAAUGUUCAUUCUGCAAUAAAUCAUUCACUACGAAGGGAAAUAUGAAGGCUCAUGAGAUGACCACACACAGUGACAAUAAACCAUGGAAAUGUGAAUAUUGCAAUAAAUCAUUCAAGGAGAAAAAAGUGUUGAAGGUACAUGAAAGGAUUCAUACUGGGGAGAAACCAUACAGAUGCAGUAUUUGUGAUAAGGCUUUCUCACAGAGGUCUGUGAUGUUAGAACAUAUGUUUACACAUUCCAACAAUAGACCACACCUCUGUGAUUUCUGUGGACAGGGAUUUAGAGGAUUAUCAUCAUUAAAAUCUCAUAAAAAGAGGCAUAUUGGUAAACGAGAAUUUCAGUGCGAGUCUUGUGAAAGGGCAUUUGUGUGUAAAAAUGACUUAAAACGUCACAUGUUGACACACACUGGUGAUAAGCCCUAUACCUGCCAUAUUUGUCUGAAAGCAUUCGCUCGCCACUCAUAUCUGAAGGAACACGUAAAUCUGCAUACAGGGUCACGACCUUUCACGUGUACUGAAUGUAAUCACACGUUUUCUGACUCAAUGUCCUUACAUAGACACAAGCAAAAACAUGUCAUGGGUGAAGCAAGUUUGCUACAAGAGGACGUUAAUGAGGCAAACAAUGAAACUAGGGUGACUGAUGAUAACAUUCCCACUGCUGGUAUGGAGCAAAGCUUAACUUUAGAAAUUCCGGAACACGUGACGUUAAGUGGCGAAGAAACGUCUAUUCAGGUUGUUGUUGAUGAAAAUACAAGUGUUGAAGAUUUUCAAAAGCUCCAUUCUCUGUUGCUAUCGGCAACCGGAAAUGGCGAGUUAAUGAUGAAUUCACAGGAUGCUGCAAAACAUCUGUAUCAAGUUUUAUGUGUUAACCCUGAUACACAGGAAGUUUUGGGACAUGUUGAAGGUCAGGAGGUCAUUGUUGAAGGUCAGAGUGCGGAUGUUACAGAAAUAAAUUUACAGUAUAUUUGAUAAUAUAUUAUUCAUAGAAUGAAAAUAAAAGAAAGUAUUAUA